GCUUCCAGACGCUUCCAUCCACACCGCCCCCAUCCUGUCCGUUCACUGGUGCUUUGACACGGCGAUUCUGCACUGGUUGUUUAUGCGUAUGCAGCUGAGGUGUACAGCCAGAUUAGAAAAAGGGGCAACCCUCUGACCAUAGAAAUAGGGGCACAUCUUGGCUGUCAGGUUGUAUUUGCAAAGAAGCUGAACCACGGCGCCGGCGAUGUUUAUCAUGUGUCCACCUCUCCAUAAACGGGCUCCGCUUUUGACCUCAUUGCUGCCCGUUGCCCCUCAUUGCCCCCAGCCUUGAUUCGAGCAUUGUCCAACAUCACAUCAGCUGAGAAUGGCAAACUCGCCCCUGGGAAUGGAGUCCUUGCGCUCAGGGUGUUUGAAGACGGAGGCGGAGAAGCACGGCCUCUGUUCUUGGGAUUUGAGCCGAGCUGGAGAUGCUCCCAGAUGACGGCAAGGAACCCGAUGUUCGGAGGUCCGAUCCGGGAACAAAGCUCCAGGAUAGCGGGACGAAAGCUGGGCCGGGCCGGUUUCGGGACCGAUCCGAUAAACCACGGAGAUCUCACAUUCAAGCUCCUGCUCAGCCUUAUCAAUCAGUAAAACCAUUCUGUAGUUCUACAACCACCAUUGACCAAGUUUAAUUCAACUUGCAAUACCAGAUAUUCGACGACAUCGCACAUCCAAGAAUCAAGCUUGGAGAUUUUAUGACUCAAGCAUCUCUUACGAUUUUUUGGGCGGCAAGCUCAGUCACAAGUAACAUAUAAACUCGAAGAUUAGCACUCAACCCAGCAGCAUUCUCGGUCAUCUUGACGGACUCGCUAUCCAAAGGUAUACUAUGAGUAUACAAGUGGAGAGCCCGGCCAAGAUGGCGCAACUGGCAUCGCCUGUUGAAAUCGAGGGGAGGAGCAUGGCCAUCCUUUACGGCUCAGAGACAGGAAAUGCUGAGGAAAUCGCAAUAGAACUCGAGGAUAUGGCACGGAGGCUGCACUUUCAUACCAGGAUGGAUGAGAUGGAUAGCUUCAAACUGUCAGACCUCUUGAAAGUCUCACUGGUGGUCUUUGUAACUUCCACAACUGGGCAAGGUGACAUGCCCACAAAUACUCUAAAUUUCUGGAAAAAUCUUAGGAGAGAGAAACUCAAUAACAGCAACUGCCUCGGACCUGUCAAGUUUGCGAUAUUCGGCCUUGGUGACAGCGGUUAUCGAAAGUUCAACUGGGCAGCACGGAAGUUGCAAGUGAGGCUCCUGCAGCUUGGGGCAACAGAGUUCUUUAGGGCUGCCGAGGCAGACGAGCGCCACAACAACGGCAUCGACAGCAUAUACCUUCCCUGGAAAGAAGAGUUCAAGGCCGCUUUGUUGGAGAAAUACCCACUUCCCGAAGGAACAGCGCCCAUUCCCAACGACCAGCUUCUUCCACCAAAGUAUUCGGUACGGGUUAUGCCGACAAUGGAGCCCCUUCCAGCAGACAAAAGCGCCACCCAGAGCGCCCUUUACUCCCAUGUUGACAACCCCACGCCUCUAUCCCAGCGUCGGUUCGAACACAACCAGCGACAAGAUGCCACUUUCCCCGCCUGGGAAGCCCGGGAAGACCAAGGCUGGGAGAUCCGAACGGGAACGCCAGUCGACGUCCUAGACAAGAACAAUAUCCUCAAAGACCACCCAUCCAAGUACUCUCUCGAGACGACUAAGAAGGUCGGCCCGAGAACUCCCCUACCAACCAGACUGGCAAUUCCUCAAGGUGUAUUCGCCAAAGUGGUUGACAACGCCAGAGUCACCCCCUUUGACCACUGGCAAGACGUCCGCCACAUUGUCUUUGACGUCUACGGUGGCGAGAAACUCAUCAGCAAGGUCAGCGACAUGCGCGGCCAAUCGAUACUGUCGAUCUACCCGAAGAACUACCCCGAGGACGUCCAAGAGCUGAUCAACCUCAUGGGCUGGAACGAUGUUGCUGACAAACCCCUGGACAUGUCCAACAAACCAAAGCGUGUCUUUGACAGGGUAGACAGCCAGCCCUCCACCCUCCGCGACAUUCUGACAGACAACCUCGACAUCACCGCCAUCCCGAAACGGAACUUUAUCCGCGAGCUGACCUUCUUCACCAAGAACCGAGACGAAGUCGAGCGUCUGUGGGAAUUCCUCCUCCCGGGCAACGAGCAAGAAUUCUACGACUACACCUCCCGCCCCCGCCGCACCAUCCUCGAGCUCCUCUCUGACUUUCCCGGCGUGAAAAUCCCGGUCGAGCGAGUCCUCGAUUUGUUUCCCGUUAUUCGCCAUAGAGACUUUUCCGUCUGCAACGGGGGAGCCUCUUUGACCGAAAACCAAUACGACCCUGACGCCCCGAACGGGACUCUACCUGUUUUUCCCCUUCGAAUUGAGAUUCUGGCUGCUCUGGUGGAGUACAAGACCAUUAUUCGGAAACCGAGACAGGGGCUCUGCUCGAGGUAUUUGAAGUAUCUUGCAAGGGACACGCCCUUGACGGUGAGGAUCAGCCCGUCGAGGGGGGAGAAUGUGAUGAUGCCGUUGCCGACGGCGGUGCAGAGGCCGCUUAUUGCUGUGGCGACGGGGACGGGGAUUGCGCCCAUUAGGGCGUUGAUUCAGGAGAGGUUGGAAUACGAGGUGGAUACUCAGGUGGGGGAGACGGUGCUGUUUUAUGGGGGGAGGAAUAGGGAUAGGGAUUAUCACUUUGGGGGGGAGUGGGAGUAUAUUAAGGGGUUGACGGUGUUUCCUUGCUUUUCGAGGGAUGAGAAGCCCGCGGCGCUGGAGAAGAAGGAGGAGGAGGAGAAGAAGGAGGGGGGGAAUGUAUGGGAGAAGCCGAGCAAAACGGAGGAGGAGGAGAAUGUGGAGUUUGGGAUUGUGGAGGAGAUGGAUCCGGAUAGAGGGAAGAGGUAUGUGCAGAAUGAGAUUAGGAAGAGGGCGAAGGAGGUGGCGGGGUUGAUGAGACGGGGGCCGGUGGUGGCUGUUUGUGGGAGUGCGGGGAAGAUGCCGAUUGCGGUGAGGAAGGCGUUUGUUGAUGUGCUGGUGGGCGAGAAGCUUGUGAGGGAUAGGGAGGAGGGGGAGAGGUGGUUGGGAAUGAGGGUGGUUUAUUGGGAGGAUACGUGGUGAUUUUUGGGGUGGCAGCGCGGGGGACAGAGGGCGAGGAGUGUGGUGAAAUGGAGUUGGGGGAGUUUGGGUUGGAGUAGGGGUUUUGGAAGAAAAAUGGGAUGGCGAGCGUUGCUUCGAGUGGGGGUUGUGUGUAUAUGAAUACAUAGUGCUAUAGGGUUGUACGGAAUAUCAAGUAUUGCUAUCAUGA